AUGCGGUGCCUUGGAACUGCCGACCAGGUGAAAAAUGUGCCUCGAUUCUCUAAUGACGAUCCCGACAAUGUCCCAUCCCGAGCUGCCUUCCUUCGUCGCACUGCUCGAAUCGCGCUUUUGAGUUACAUCGGUCUUGAUUUUCUCGGCUCUAUGAAUGAUCCGAAAGUUGGAAAUCGCUUCUUGGUUCCUUCUCGCGUGCCAGUUUUCAGCCGACUAGGUGAAUUCACGCUGGAAGAGGCUGUGAUUAGAUCUUUCAGUACCUUUGCGAUGGGUUUAGGACUUGUCUGCAGUCAGGGCGGUAUACAUAGCAUUUUUGGCUUCAUCAGUGUCCUGACUGGGAUGAGUGAGCCGUCUGAGUGGCCUCCAUUCUACGGGUCUCCAUCCGAUGCGUAUAGCCUCCGACGUCUCUGGAAUCGCACGUGGCACCAGUGCAACGCACAUAAACUCCGUCGCAUAUCCUCUUACAUUGUACAAAAUAUCCUUCGACUCGAUUCAGAGGGCCCGGUAGCCUCUUACCCGCAUAUCGUGUUUGUCUUUCUGAUUUCUGCUUUGAUGCAUUAUCUGAUCGAUCUCUCGAUCGGCCUUUCACUAUCGAUCUCGGGCGCUGUUCCAUUCUUCUGCGCUCAAGCUUUAGGAGUCUUGAUUGAAGAUCUGGUCCGCUAUACAUGUCGCUCUGUUGGCAAUGUCUCGCCUGAUCAGCCGAUCACAAAAGGCCAGAAAAUUCUUGGACAUAUCUGGGUGGGUGCUUUCCUGGUUUGGUCAUUGCCGGCUUAUGUUUAUCCAAUGCUGCAUCGAGGAAACUUGGGACUCAAUGACUCUGUUAUCCCGGUCAGCAUUAUCGGAAUUUUGAAGAACCUAUUCAUAAGUGCCCAGUAA